AUGCCCAAAAACGAACCCAGUGUAAGGUUCGCCGAUCCCGCUGAAUAUGAACCUUGGAGGGUUUUGUAUACGAAUAUUCUCCUUCGUACAGAGGGCCUCACGCCCAAAAAGCCUCACGCCAAAAGCCUCACGCCCAAAAGCCUCUCGCCCAAAAGCCUCACACGCCCCAAAAGCCUCUCGCGCCAAAAGCCUCGCCCAAAAGCCUCUCGCCCAAAAGCCUCUCGCCCAAAAAGCCCAAAAGCCUCAAAAGCCUCUCACGCCAAAAGCCUCUCUCGCCCAAAAGCCCUCACGCCCAAAGCCUCAGCCUCACGCCCAAAAGCCUCUCGCCCAAAACACGCCAAAAGCUCUCGCAAAAGCCUCUCGCCCAAAACCUCUCGCCAAAAGCGCCCAAAGCCUCUCGCCAAAAGCCUCACGCCCAGCCUCUCGCCCAAAGCCUCACGCCAAAAGCCUCUCGCCAAAAGCCAAAAGCCUCACGCCAAAAGCCUCAAAAAGCCUCACGCCCAAAACCUCACGCCCCAAAGCCUCACGCCCCAAAGCCUCACGCCCAAAAGCCUCACGCCAAAAGCCUCACGCCAAAAGCCUCACGCUCAAAAGCAUCUCACGCCCAAAAGCCUCACGCCCAAAAGCCUCAAAAGCCUCACGCCAAAUCAAAAGCCCUCUCGCCCAAAGCUCACGCCCAAAACGCAUUUACCUGCAUCUAAUUCCCUUCUUAGUGGACCCUCGGCCACAAUCACGCCGCAAAUUGUCACCAAGUUCUUGAAAUGUAAUGAGGUAACAGCACAGACCAAACACCCCUGGACUGCCAUUACUUGA